AUGGCUCCGACGAAGGAGUCUAGUGCCGCUGCUAAUUCUGCAUCUGGCUGCUCCACUGAUCCGCGAUCACGUCCCGAUUCCUCGCCCUGGACGGCUGCUGCUUCCGAGGCGAUCCAUGAUCAUCGGGCUCCUUGCGACUACGACAAUGCUGAUAAGAAGCCUGCCUGGAACAAGCCUUCUACUAGCUCCGCCCAUGUCGGCCCUGUCAUGGGCGCCGAAUCCUGGCCUGCUUUGUCUCUCUCUGCUUCCUCCAAGUCUCUCUCUUCCGAUGGAUCAUCAUCAUCACCAAUGCCGCCUCCCCAGGCAGCUGGAACUUGUCUCAUUUCUACUUCCAAAUCUCAUACCAAUGCUAACGCUAACGCUAACAAUGCUAAUGCUAAUGCUAAUGCUGGCUCGAGUGCUGCUGCUGCUGCUGUUGCUGUUGCUGCUUCAUCUGAAAACCAUCAUGUUAAUGGCCAAAGGAAACCUGUUAGGCGGAACAAUAGCACAUCAUCUUCCACUAGUAACCCUGCGCCCUUAAACACCAGAGAUCAGAAUCACAGCCUAAGGGGUGGCUCUUACGCCUCAGGAACUAGUCCUCACUUCCGUAACUCUAACAGGAAUCGCAACGGUAGCUCCUCCUACCCCCGUGGGGAUAACAGGCGCAACUUUGAGCAUGGGAACCAAACCGGGUUUGCUCAUCGCAACUACAAUGGGAGAGACAUGCCCUCCCAACCACCACCACCACCGCAGAGGGGUUUUGGGAUGAUGAGACCGCAGAUGAUGAUGGGGCCACCAUCUUUUCCUGCCAGUAGUGCGCAAUAUUUGGCAGCGCCUCAAUUAGGUUCAUAUGGUGGCCCCAUGCUCUACCCAGAUAUUCCGCCGCACGUCGUUAUGCCACCUCCAGAGUCGAUGGCUCUAGUUGGACACUUCUCACCUCUACAAAUGUAUUUUACCGGCCCUGAUCCCAUGUUGUACCAUAAGAUAUUGACACAAGUAGAAUACUAUUUCAGCGCUGAUAACUUAAGCAAAGAUGGAUACUUGCGGCGUCAGAUGAAUGAUCAAGGUUGGGUUUCUGUUACAGUGAUCGCAGGGUUCAGGAAACUUACGGAAAUGACCAACAACAUUCAGACGAUAUUGGAGGCGCUGAGAAGUUCAGAAGUGGUGGAAAUUAAGGGUGAAGCAUUAAGGAGGCGAGGAGAUUGGGACAAGUAUUUAUUGCCUAAUGAGCCGUCAAGGUCUGGUCCGGUAGCAACGGCAGCGGCCAACAACAAAAAUGUCUCACUGGAGUCGCAUGUUGAGAGCAUGACUCUGUCAGAGAGGACAAGAUAG